UUUCCAUUGCAGGGGAAUUUUCCAGAGUUUUCCGGUGGCCAGCAAGAGACGACCUGAUGCUGCGGCCUCUACCCCUGCGACAGUGACUCACUGGGAUCAAUACGGGUGAGUUCAUCAAUAAUUCUUCACGUUCCAUCGCGAAGGAAAAGCGCUUCGGUGGAAAAGCGAUGUAGUGCCACAAGGGAUCGAGCCAAAACAAUUCCCCCCAAAUUGAGUCCAAACAAAACUCUUGAACUUUUUUGUACAAACAACAACAAAACAAUACCCAAAGCCAAACGAUAUUAAGACGCUUAGUGAAGAAGAAUUUUUUUUUGUAAAAGGUGCAAAGAGACAUUUUGUAGUGCGUGGAAAUUUUCUCGUCUCGCUCUGUGUGCUGUUUUUCCUCCCUGAGAUUGCGGGGGAGCGCGAGAACCCCUCCAUGUUUUCCACAUUCUCAGCCAUUCCGCCUUGUGUUUAGUUUCUCCGCCGCCCUCAGCGUGUCAUGUCUUUGGAGGAUCCCUUCUUUGUUGUCAAGGACGAGGUUUUCAAAGCGCUCAACAAGACACGCGGACUGUAUCUGAGGUGGCGCGAAUUGGGAGACUCCAGCGGAGCCGAAGUCGAGUGGACAACGACUGAGCUGAGGAAUUCCCUGCGGAGCAUUGAAUGGGACUUGGAGGACCUCGAGGACACCAUAGGAAUCGUCGAGAAGAACCCGAGCAAGUUUAAGAUCGACAAUCGGGAGCUGAUCACGCGGCGCCACUUCAUCGAGGCCACGCGGCAUGAAGUGAAGUCGAUGAAGGAUGAGAUCUGCGUGAGUCGAAGUCGCGACAGAGACAUCACAGCCCGUCAGCCACUCCUGGACGCGCCCACGGACAGCCCAAGCGUGAUCACCGCUCCGCCGUCCCUCAUGAGCUCCGCCACGCAGAAUCUGGCCUCCGCGGCCGCCCGCCACAGCGGCACCAAGUACUCAAAGCUGGAAAACACCCUGGACAGCCCCACGCACUUCCUCGGCGAGAGCGUGUCCGCGCAGCAGCGCAUGUUCCAGAGCCAGGAUGAGCAGCUGGACGUGAUCAGCGACUCCAUCGGCACGCUCAAGACCGUGUCGCGGCAGAUCAACACGGAACUGGACGAGCAGGCGGUGAUGCUGGAUGAUUUCGGGAACGAGCUGGACAACACGGACUCCAAACUGGACUCCACCAUGAAGAAGAUGGCCAAAGUCCUUCACAUGACGAAUGACAGUCGACAGUGGAUGGCCAUCGGAGUUCUGUCCCUGGUCCUUCUGAUUGUGAUAAUCCUAUUCAUUCUGCUGUAAGGAAGAGGCCGAAGAGGAGUAUUUACGACGAGAGAAGUAAAGACAGUUGAGGCGCAUGUAAAUUGAAAAAGACAACUUAUCGUGUACUUUAGAGCGGAAGAGGAAGUCUGACACGCAUUUUGCGUGUGCAGAAUCACGGAGAAUGAUCGCAAAAGAAGAG